AUGUCAGUAUAUGUCAGUAUAUCUAUCUAUCUAUCUAUCUAUCUAUCUAUCUAUCUAUCUAUCUAUCUAUCUAUCUAUCGCAUUUAUAUGCAUAUAUAUAUAGACAAGUUCAAGGUAAUUCAGUUGGUGACCGAAAAUGGCCCCUCACCAGGAGAAGCCUCCCGUGCUGAUCAAGUUACUUGUCUGCGGAGGUGGAAAUGGCGCCCAUUUAACGUUUUGUCAUUGUUCGCCGACGAGGCAGAAAGAUGGCGUAACACUUUGGGUGACAGCCAUUUUGUGGUUAACUUCCGGGAAAAGGAUGGAACCAACAAUAUCAUCACCUCUCGUCCUAAUAUGAUCACCAACGAUGCAUCGCGUGCCGUACCUGGAUGCAAUCUCAUCAUUUUCACUGUGCCCGCAUUCGCGCACGAAGGUUACUUUAGAGCCAUUGCGCCAUACCUUGAGCCAAACACAGUGAUUGUGGGUCUGCCGAGUCAACCUGGUUUCCAGUUUCAGUGUUGCGAUUUGCUUGGGAUUGGAGGUCGAACCUGCGCUAUUGUUUCUUUCGAAUCACUUCCUUGGGCUUGUCGGAUCGGAACUUUCGGUCGUGAGGUGCAAGUCCUAGGACCAAAAGAUACUCUGGCUUGCGCUAUCAUCAUGCGAGGCUGCAAAAGUUUGUUUCCAAUUUUACCAACCAUCCAGUAUAUCAUUGGAAAAGAACCGAAGCUAACCUUGGCUGCAAAUUAUUUGUCUAUCAACCUUUUGGCCGAUUCUGUUGUGCAUCCACCAAUGAUGUAUGGAACCUGGAAAGAUUGGGACGGCCAGCCAGUAGCUGAGAAGCCUUUAUUCUAUCAAGGCUUGAACGAGUUCUCUGCCAACCUUCUCGAUAAGGUCAGUACUGAAUUGGUCAACACAGCUCAGGCUAUCCAACAGAAGUAUCCUGAAAUGAAUAUGAAGGACGUCAUCCACUUGUUUGAUUGGUAUAAACUCAACUACAAAGAAAGUAUCAAGGAUAUGAGUAACCUCCGGAUGGCAAUGAAGACCUGUACGGCUUACGAUGGACUGGUUCAUCCCAUGAAGGAAACGCCCGAUGGAAAGUUUGUGCCCGACUUCCAUUAUCGUUAUAUGACAGAGGAUAUUCCAUUUGGAAUGGUUGUAUUCCGUGGUAUUGCUCAGCUGGCGGGCGUGCCAACACCUGCUAUGGAUGAAACACUUAUUUGGGGCCAGAAGAUCUUGGGCAAAGAAUUCUUAGUAGAUGGAGAACUCAAAGGCAAGGAUAUGAACAUGACCCGGGCCCCUCAACGCUUUCACUUCACCUCUCUCUUUGACUUGCACCAUUUGCAAUUUCCUAUCUAUCUAUCUAUCUAUCUAUCUAUCUAUCUAUCUAUCUAUCUAUCUAUCUAUCUAUCUAUCAGCAGCAUGGCCCGGCGUUGCCCAUAUUCCUAUCUAUCUAUCUAUCUAUCUAUCUAUCUAUCAGAUUCAAACAAUGGUCUAUAA